AUGUAAUUGGUUGACAAUACAAGUCAAGAGGAUGCCAGAGAAAAGUUUGCUCAGAUUCAUGAAGCUUAUAAUAUUCUGAAACAAAAGAAAUUCUAUGAACAGAUUGACGAAGAGUUUAAGAAGAAUUAUUAUUAGGGCUAAUCGGAGGAGGAGUGUUUUAAGAGGGUCUUCGGAUUUUACUUCUAUGAAAAACCUUAGGAAUAUUACAAACCUGAAAAUGCUCAAAAAAGAGCAGAUUAUUAUGAAUUACUGCGAAAAUUCAAAAACCAAUAAUAAAACACUUAAGAAAUGCAGAACAGUGGCUUUCAUGAUGUUAAAAUUAAUAGAACCUUCAAUUCAGAUUCUAUCUACAGAUACAGUGAUCACACUUUAUUGAAAGUCUUAAUAAUGUUUACUUUGGUUGUUUCAAUAACAAGUGCUUAUGUCUUCUUCUAUAAACGAUAAACUACAUACGCCAAGAACACUAUAACGGACUCGUAAAUUGUGAGAAUGCGAGCUUUGGCUUAAUUAAGAGAACAAAGGUAGGCAAAGGAGAAAUAAGAAUGA